GGGGUCCGAGAGUCCCCAAAGUGUAAUUAAUCUAUUACAGCCUUCUAUUGAUCAAUUUAAUGUUUCUUAAUCUGUCAUCCCAUAACUGUAUGAGUGAGUGUAUGUUUGGAUCACAAGCUUCACCAUACCCACUUAAUAGACUUAAUUAACAUUAGGCGAUUAAUUCAUUAUUAAUUCAUUAAAACUUGUCUUAACUAAUUGUUUAUGGCCUGUUAAAGCGAAGUAAAGUAUUUUGUAUUUUCUUUCCAGCUUCUCAAUUGUGAUCCAAUGCUGAUUUUUCUUAUAUAUCGUUAUAUAACACUGAAUUACCAAACUGUGUUCGACUUUUGGAAUUGUAUUGAUUUGAUAAAGGAAGAAUAAUCUGCAGAUUAUGGAUAUCAUAAUAUUCAUAGCUGGUUGGUUUGUUAAAUGUCAGAAUGCUUAUUUUAGCCCCGGAAAUAAUGGCAAAACCCUUUAUAAAAGUAGUUUUACGAUUAAGGUAAUAAUACAACACAACCAGAAAAACUCCAUACAAUAUUAACAUUUGAGAAACUGGAAUUAGCAACUUUAGGGCAUUUUAGUUUGGAAAUGGUUUAAACUAUGAACUGAUUAUCACAAUAGAAAAGUUGUUCUGCCAGUUGAUUGAGCCUCUGGUUGUUUCCGCUCCAGUUGAGGUGCAUUCAACAUCAAUCUCUUCUCCUUUUGAGGCGGUUUGGACAAAGCCUGCGCUGGAGGUGGAACACCUGCUCUUGUUUCUGAAGAGGAUCGAACUUCUAGUCUACAUUUUAAUUGUGCAAAUAUUCUGAGAACCAGCAGCAGCUACAAAAGUAGACCCGAAAAGCUAGUUGUUUUCGGUGGGACAUUUCUGUCUGCCUUUUAAGCAACAUGUUCUCCUGUGAAACAAUUUCACCCCGAAGGGGUAUUUGCAGUGCAGUUCAUAUUACUUAAGGUUAAUUGCCUUCAUGACCAGCUCUGUGAUGCUCACUGACGGCUCACUGUCUGCAUUUUGGGAUUCACCAAUCUGACUCUUCCAGUCUUGAUACCGAAAUGAUGCCAGUGUUUGAUUAAUAAGCUCCUUUUAUAUGUAAUGCGACAGUAGGCUUGACUAAAGAAACAGCUUUCUUAACUGUUAGUCAAAAUAUAAGAAAUAAAUGCGCAUAUACAAAUUAACUAAAUUGUUACUUAUUAAAAUAAUAAAUUGUACACCAGCAGCGUAGUAAAAAAACUACCAGGAUUUGAAAUUCAAUUUUAACUCUUUUUUUAAAUGCCGCAAUAUUCCAGUAUAUAAUGUACGUGUUAUAACUAUUUUAUUUGUUUCAUCUUAACUGAUUGACAAUCAGGACACAAUGAUCUACUCUGUGUGCAUGUGUAGGUACAAGUUAUGGGUGCUUUGUUAUUUAACUCUGAACAACUCCAGGUAGGUCAUUUGCAGCCGCUGGCUGGCACUGCAUGUCAUGGCGAUAGAGGAAGUUUGGUUACUCUGGAAAAGAAGAAGUCAGAGUGACCGUAAAGAGGUGUUGUUUUGGCAGCAUCCCUCGAGGUCAUUUUAAUGUUGUCAGCUGAGCCAAAAGCUUCCUGGUAAACACAGCGCUGCAAACGCAUUCCAGAGCAGGGCAACCUCAAGCGAGGCGUUUCUGCAGGAAGCCCCCACACAUCGCUCCCAAGGGCUCCAGGUUGCGCUCGUGACGCUUUUGGCACUCCAGCCUGAUUUUGUCAUAUUUACAGCAUCUGACUCUGCGGUCCUUCCUACCUCCUCCCGAGUCUCGCAAGCGUUCAGGUUGAAAGUUGAAUAGGUUUAUAUUUGACUUUGUGGAUAUGUGGUGAAUUCCCUUUUUUUGAGGAAUUUUACUCAGUCUUGAGUACAUUUGGCUGACAAACUCCAAAGACGGACAGAAAAAAAUAGUUUUUUUUGUCGGGGCUAGUUGACGGGCUUCGGUUGUAGGCCUGUGUAGGCCCCCACCUCCCGAGUUGAUUAUGUUGGACCUGCAACAUGUGAAAACACAAUCAGCCGGGACUGGCAGCUCACACGGAUACUCUAGUGAUGCCAUAACAAGCCCUAUGGCUGGACUCGGGUACUGAACAGACCAAGGAAAUCCUCAUGUCCAAAUUAAUCAGAACGUGAACUCUUCCACACAAACGAAUAUCGGGCGUACCCGGGAGGGCCCGGAGCUUUCCGUUAAGCCAUCUGAAUUCUUUUAUUUCAUCCACGGCCGUGCAUGGUGCAAACGAUGCCCCAUAACUACGCCCGCUGUUCUUGAGAAAGAGACUGAGGAGGAGGAGGAGACCGGGUAGGAAAUGACAGAAUGCCUGACAGAAUACAAAGCGCUGGUGACUCCGUCCACGCGCAACGGCCACCGCGUCUUCAGCUACACGCUCGAGAGCCACACGGCGGCUGCCUUCGCCAUCAUGAACGAGCUGCGUCUGGAGCGGCAGCUGUGCGACGUCAGGCUGCGCGUGCGCUACAAGGACCUGGAGGCGGUGGACUUUGUGGCCCACAAGGUGGUGCUGGCCUCCUCGUCCCCGGUCUUCAGGGCCAUGUUCACCAACGGACUGAGGGAGUGCGGUAUGGAGCUGGUGCCCAUCGAGGGGAUCCACCCCAGGGUUAUGGACCGACUGAUCGAGUUCGCCUACACGGCCAGCAUCUCUGUUGGGGAGAAGUGUGUGAUCCAUGUGAUGAACGGCGCCGUCAUGUACCAGAUAGACAGCGUGGUCAAGGCCUGCUGCGAUUUCCUCGUCCAGCAGCUCGACCCCAGCAACGCCAUCGGCAUCGCCAACUUUGCUGAGCAGAUUUCCUGCAUGGAGCUCCACCAGAGGGCCCGCGAAUACAUCUACAUGAACUUCAGCCAGGUGGCAACCCAGGAGGAGUUCUUCAACUUGUCCCACUGCCAGCUGGUCACCCUCAUCAGCCGAGACGAACUCAAUGUGCGCUGCGAGUCCGAAGUCUUCCAGGCAUGCGUGGCAUGGGUGCGCUACGACCGGGAAAACCGGCGGCCGUACGUCCAGGCGCUACUUCAGGCUGUCCGCUGCCACUCCCUCACCCCCAACUUCCUGCAGGCCCAGCUCCAGUCUCUGGACUGGGAUCCCCAGUGUAAAGACUACCUGGCCCAGAUCUUCCAGGACCUCACCCUCCACAAGCCCAACAAAGCCAUCUCUUGGAGAACACCCAAGGUGCCGCAGCUCAUCUACACAGCCGGAGGUUAUUUCCGUCAGUCUCUCAGCUACCUGGAGGCGUACAACCCCUGCACGGGAGCCUGGCUGCGACUGGCUGACUUGCAGGUACCUCGCAGUGGCCUCGCAGCCUGUGUGAUCAGUGGGCUUUUCUACGCUGUGGGCGGAAGGAACAACGCGCCCGAUGGCAACAUGGACUCGAAUGCAUUGGACUGCUUCAAUCCUAUGAACAACUGCUGGCUGCCAUGUGCACCCAUGAGCGUACCGAGGAACAGAAUCGGAGUUGGUGUCAUCGAUUGCAUGAUAUAUGCAGUUGGUGGAUCGCAUGGGUGCAUUCAUCACAAUAGCGUUGAAAGGUAUGAUCCAGAAAGGGACCAGUGGCAGCUGGUCGCCCCCAUGUUGACGCAGCGCAUUGGUGUCGGUGUAGCUGUCAUCACCCGGCUGCUCUAUGCCGUGGGGGGGUUCGACGGGAACAACCGGCUCCGCUCCUGUGAGUGCUACAACCCUGAGAAGGACGAGUGGAACCCCAUGGCCCCCAUGAACACCGUGCGCUCGGGAGCUGGUAUUUGCUCUCUGGGGAAUCUCAUCUUUGUGAUGGGCGGCUACGAUGGGACCAACCAGCUGAACACAGUGGAGCGCUAUGAUGUGGAAACUGAUACAUGGAGCUUUUCUGCCGCCAUGAGGCACCGGCGCAGUGCUCUGGGUGUAACUGCAUUACAUGGACGCAUCUAUGUAAUGGGAGGUUACGAUGGCGACACUUUCCUGGACAGCGUGGAGUGCUAUGACCCCGAGAAGGACACCUGGUCGGAGGUGACGCACAUGAUGUCGGGGAGGAGCGGCGUCGGCGUGGCCGUUACCAUGGAGCCGUGCCAGAAGGAGCUUCCACCGUCUCAGAAGUCCGAGCGGGAGAGCGGCGCGUCGUCACCAGGAUAUCAGUCGGCCAGCUCCAGUUUCAGCACGUACAGCGGCCAUCGGCAGGACGGGCCCUUCGGCAAAGGAGCAUGAAGCUCACGGCGCGACUCUGUCUCACUCAGACGGGACGGGCGAGCGCCCCUAAACUCCCCUCUGUCUUCCCAAAUAUAAAGAAAGACCCUCACAACAAAUUAGAGACUGAGGGGAAAUGCCACAUGCUGCCUCACCGGUUCUGGGAAAAGCAAAAAGAUUACAAACUAAAUGAGUAACACUUUAUUUUAAAAGUGCUGUUAAAGAAUAGAUUAUUUUAGUGUCUCCAUUGGACUAUCUGUAUGACCCCAGAUCCUACAGUCCACUUUUCUACACUGGUAAAUUUAUUAAUUUGUUUGGGAAACUGUGUUCUGCCAAAUUUAAGAGACCUCAGUCCGUCUGUGUGCUCAGAUCUUACAUUUUAAGCCUCCAGUCGGACCUUCAUCUCCCAGGUUUAAGCCAUGGGAGGAAAGGGCUGCUUAAACGUCCGUUUACUGGCUCAAAGAGCCGUGGGGGCUCUCUACUCUUCAAUCAAAGGUUAAAUCUGAGGGGAGAAAAACGGAAAAGGAAAAAUGAUUCCAUUAUAUAUAAAAGAGACACAAAAAGCAGCAUUUGUGACAGCAUAGGCCGUAGAGUUCAAAGUGCCAUUCCACUGCCUGUGGGCAUUACUGUAAUCAGUAUAUUGAGUUGAGGUGCUUUGAUGGAAAGGCUCAGAACCACUUGGUGGUGUGUCGACAUGGGUUAAGUUAACCCCGGGCCGCCACAAGAGGAACCGUUAUACAUGAAAAUGAGCCACACUUUCUUUCUUUUUUAUCCUCAUCCUUCACUGUUGCUGUGUUGUUUUCUUGAAUGUGUCCCAACUCAGAUUCAGCAACAUCUCUGAACCGCACAAACUGGUUAAUUUCAGCCCGAUGAUUGCCAUCUGUUAUGCAUUUAUUGAUGAUAAUAGUUAAACAAAUUCAUGAGUACUCGCUGACACCUUACAGUUAAAAACAAGCAGCAGUGUAUCAUAAAAUCAACCAGUAAUAUACAAUAAUAUGUUAAUAUAAAAACAAGGUAUGAACUCCUCAUCAAUGCACAAGUCAAUGUGUUUGCAGCCAUUGGAGAAAUGUGCCAAUAAAAUCUUGAAAGGAAAUCUCAUGACGGAGAUCGCACUAAUCUGUUGACCACAUUUAUUUAUUUGUAUUAUCUUAUUUCAGCAAUACAUUUAAUCUCCAAAUUAAUUCUGAUUUUAAGUCAUAAUUCUUCAGACAAAUGUUUUUCCUGGUCAAGAAAGGCAACGUAGCCGGAGGACGGGCCUCUACCGCCCCCGGAAUGGUGUUUAUACCAAAGAAAAUGGAUGAUUUACCACACAUUCUUUAAAAUCUCUUAUACGUCAAAUGUUUUUCUUGAAUCUGUUCACACGAGUGAUUCUUGCAUGAGGCCCAAAGUCUCAAAUUCAAGUGCUUGUAGAGGAGAAGUAGGACCUUUUUAAAAUAGCUGCAUAGAAACGUAUGUUCUUCCACAAAUAUCCACUGCUCGAUUCAUAAGAUAGGAUUUAUUUAUUUUUUCCUUGGAAGAGGUGUGCUUCUUGUAAGGGUGUCAAGGAGUCUGGUCCAGUAUAAUCGGGUGUAUGAAGUGCCAAGAGAACGAAGGAUUCAGAGGAGACAGAAUUCUGCAGCAAGUAAAAACUCUUUAAAAAAAAUUUAAAAACCACAGAAUUGAGACCCUACCUUACAGCUGACCUUUUGGCCUUUGCUUCCACCAGACCUCAGAGCAGAAGUGACGAUGUUUGUGCGUUGCAAUGUAUUGUUCAGACAUUGUACAACAACAACAAAGACUUGCUUCAAGAAGUGUUUUUGUAACAGCAAUUUAAGCUAAAAAGGUUUUUCAGUGACGUUUUGUCCAUUGAUAUUCUCAGAAGUCUCGUACAGAAUCUCGGAGCUCACUUUUUUUAUUUAUUUGUUCAGGUUCCUUUUUGGUUUUUUUCUCGUUCCUCUAAACUGACAUCAGCUUUGUACUGAAUUGGACUCUGGUGUUGUGUUUUUCAAUAACUAGCAUGCCUUGUAACUAAGUAGAAAUGCCUGUUAAUGCUAAUUUUGGAUGUUUGUAAAAAGAAAAUGCUUUACUUCUAAAGGGAAUUUUUUGUUCUGUCCGGCAGUAGUUGGAAUGGUAAUUAGAAUAUUUAAGGUCUGCUUUGUACUUUCUUUCUUUUUUCAGCAAAAAUACCCUGUACAGUAAUACAUUGUAAAGUAAAAUAUAUGUUUGUGGUA